AUGGAGCCCCCAGGCGAGCAGCCCCUGCAGGAGCUCCCCACAGAGGAGUCCCUGCCCGAGGACUCAGGCCCAGAGGGGGCUCCCGGCACACGUACUCUCUACGUGGGCCACCUGAACCCCCAGCUCUCGGUGCCGGUGCUCGCCUGCCUGCUCCGAGACACCCUGGAGCGGCUGGGGGUGCCGGUGGCCCGGGAGCACAUCGAGGUGGUGAGGCGGCCACGGAAGGCCUACGCCCUGGUGCAAGUGACCACCCACGCAGACACCCUGGCCUCCCUCCCCCGGCGCCUGCAAAGAGCCUUGGAUGGGCACCAGAUUGUCAGGGAGCUGGUGGCCCGCGGGAAGGAGCUGGUAAUGGGAGAGGGCCCCAGGCCCACAGACCACAGAGAGGAGGAAGACAGCAGCCCCAGCCCUGGCCCAAGCCCAGGCCCAAGCCCAGGCCCAAGCCCAGGCCCCAGCCCUGGCCCCAGGCGAAGCCCAGGCUCAGGCCUCCCACUGGCCAGGCACACCGAUGCUCCCCCUGCCCAGGCCCCUGUGCGGCCUGGCUUCCGGCACCGACCCAGGGGCACGCGCUCGGACAGCGCCAUCGUGCACCGGGAGAUCCAGGGCCAGGAGCGGCUUUUCCAGGGCGCCUUCCUAGGCAGUGAGACGCGCAACAUGGAGUUCAAGAGGGGCGGUGGCGAGUACCUGAACCUGACCUUCAAGCACCACCUGCGGCGCUACGUGUGUGCCUUCCUCAACAGUGAGGGCGGCAGCCUGCUGGUGGGCGUCGAUGACAGCGGGCUGGUGCAGGGUGUCCACUGCAGCCACCGUGAAGAAGACCGCGUGCGCCUGCUGGUGGACUCCAUCCUGCAGGGCUUCAGGCCCCAGGUCUUCCCCAACGCCUACGUGCUCACCUUCAUCCCCGUGGUCAGCACCAAUGUCAGCAGCAUGCCGCUCAAGGUGAUCCGCCUGAGCGUGCAUGCCCCCAAGGCCCAGGCAGAGCCGCAGCUCUAUGAGACAGAUCAGGGAGAGGUGUUCCUGCGGCGCGAGGGGAGCAUCCAGGGCCCCCUGGCCGUCCGUGACAUCCAGGAGUGGUGCAGACAGAAGUGGGCCGCGGAGCUCAGCAAGCUGGAGGAGAGGGUGAAGGUGUUGACGGUGGAGAAGGAGCAGCUCCAGCAGCGGCUGCAGCAGCAGCACAAGCCCAUCUCCUGCACCUGCUGCGUCCUGUGA